AUUCCCCACAUACACACAAUAAAAUUGUUUCCUUCUCCGUGCAAAAAGAAUCAAUCUUUGUGAAUCUUGUUGCAGUGAAUGACACAACUAAUCUUCUCUUUGAUUAACAUUCAAUGGCAUUUUCAUGUUCAUGUUGGUGUUGGUUUCCACUCUACUUCAUAGCAUCUAUAACACUUGGUGUCAUUGCAAUUUCCUCAGCAAUACAUUCAACUUCCAAAAACACACCCCAACAACAAUUCCCACCACAAACUCACACACUCUCAUCAAAUGCCACUGAAACUCUCAGAAAAUCAGGUUUCAAUCUCAUGGCUGAUCUUCUUCAUCGUUCACCUCCAUUCUUUUUCCCUCCACCAAACUCAACUUUCUUUGCCAUCAAAGACUCUGCCAUCAAAAACACUUCACUCCCUCUUUGGUUCCUCAAAAGUCUCCUCCUUUAUCACACUUUCACCACAAAACUCACCAUCAAAGAACUCUUAAAUAAACCUCAAGGAACUUGCUUUCAAACCCUUUUCCGCCAAAAGAAUGCUUCACUCACAAAAAUUGAACCUUUGCAGAAUUCACUUGAGAUCAACCAUGUUUUGAUAUCCAAUCCUGAUAUGUUUCUUGGAGAACAAUUCACCAUUCAUGGUGUUCUUGGACCCUUUUCACCGUUGCGUCGCGAAGAUCUUCAAGGUGGUUUUGAUUUCAUUCAUUCACCUACAUGUCGAUUUUCCGGCAAAAAUUCAACAUAUUUAGAUGAUUCCAAGAAUGUUGUUGAAUGGAACAAGGUUGUUCAGUUACUUAGUUCAAAAGGGUAUGCUUCAUUUUCAAUUGCAUUGCAUUCUGUUCUUGAAAGUAUUCAGAAAGAUUCAACCAAUUUUGUUUCAGCAACAAUCUUUGCUCCACCUGAUAUGAAUUUACUUGGUUACCCUUCAACAUUGCUUGAUAAAACUGUGAGAUUUCACAUUUUGCCUCAGAGAUUCACUUAUGGAGAACUCAAUUCUCUUCCUGUUAGGACUCUGUUGAAGACUUUGAUGCCUGAUUAUCAUCUUGAAAUUGAUGGAGUUCUUGAUUACGUGUCAGGUGUUGUUAUUAAUGGGAUUCAGAUUGUGCAACCUGACAUGCUUGUUUCAGAUAAAUUUGUGGUUCAUGGAAUUGCCAGAGCUUUUAAAAUGGCCGAGGUUACUGCUUGAAAUUAAGAUGCAUAUAGUCAUUAUCUCCGUAGGAUAGUUCUGAUCGAAGGCAUGUCAUAGUAUAUGACACAUAUUGGUCUAUCUAGGAUAGUUCUGAUCGAAGGCAUGUCGUAGCAUAUGACAUAUUGGUACAUCGACAUUUGAUUACAUUCAAUUAAUUCAUUUUCUUAAAUAGUUCCAGAAUAGACGUAUCAGUCGUGUAUAUAUAAUACAUGUGCUAUAUAGGUGGUUAUGAAUACAUAAAUUCUUAUAAUUUCUUUGCUUCUUUCAGCAGUGUAUUGA